CCUCCUCCGCCGCAUCACCCGAAACCCUAGCCCCCAUCCGCCGCGCGGCCGCCGCCUCAGGAGCGGAGGCCAUGGAGGACGUCUGCGAGGGGAAGGACUUCUCCUUCCCCGCGGCGGAGGAGCGCGUGCUCCAGCUGUGGGCGGAGCUCGACGCCUUCCACGAGCAGCUCCGCCGCACGGACGGCGGCGAGGAGUUCAUCUUCUACGACGGGCCUCCCUUCGCCACGGGCCUCCCGCACUAUGGCCACAUCCUGGCCGGCACAAUCAAGGACGUGGUCACCCGCCACCAGUCGAUGCGCGGCCGCCACGUCUCCCGCCGCUUCGGGUGGGACUGCCAUGGCCUCCCCGUGGAGUUCGAGAUCGACAAGCAGCUGGGCAUCACGAACCGGCAGCAGGUGUUCGACCUCGGCAUCGGCAAGUACAACGAGACCUGCCGCAGUAUCGUCACCAAGUAUGUCGCAGAAUGGGAGGCCGUCGUCACGCGCACGGGGAGGUGGAUCGACUUCAAGGACGACUACAAAACCAUGGACAUAAAGUUCAUGGAGUCGGUGUGGUGGGUUUUCGCGCAGCUCUGGAAGAAAGACCUCGUCUACAAGGGCUUCAAGGUGAUGCCUUACAGCACAGGCUGCAAAACUGCACUCUCAAACUUUGAGGCAGCGCUGGACUAUAGGAAUGUCCCAGAUCCAGCAGUCAUGGUUUCUUUUCCUAUUGUUGGUGAUGUGGAUAAUGCAGCUCUUGUUGCAUGGACUACAACUCCCUGGACACUUCCGAGCAACUUAGCAUUGUGUGUCAAUGCCAAUCUUGUGUAUGCCAAGGUCAAGGACAGGUCAACUGGAAUGGUGUACGUUGUUGCUGAAUCUAGGCUUGGUCAAUUGCCAGCUAAGGCAAAAGCAUCUGGAAAGAAGCAAGCACCUUCUAAGGGAAGCACUACUGAAGUUGUUCAGGGUGGACUGGAUACUGAAGCAUAUGAAUUAUUGGGAAAGUUUCCUGGAUCAUCCUUAGUAGGCCUAAAAUACAUUCCUCUGUUUGAUUUUUUCUUAGAGCUCCAAGAGACUGCCUUUAGGGUGAUUGCGGAUAACUAUGUAACUGAUGAUAGUGGAACUGGUGUUGUCCAUUGUGCUCCUGCUUUUGGUGAAGAUGAUCACCGUGUUUGUCUUGCUGCUGGUAUCAUUGAGGGUGGUGGACUUGUUGUUGCUGUUGAUGAUGACGGCUGCUUUAUUGAAAAGAUAUCUGAGUUCAGAGGACUAUAUGUCAAAGAUGCUGACAAGGAUAUCAUCAGCUCUGUUAAGGAUAAAGGAAGACUUGUUAGUAGAGGAAGCAUUGAACACUCAUAUCCAUUUUGCUGGCGCUCGGGUACUCCUCUUAUUUACCGGGCUGUUCCAAGCUGGUUUGUGAAGGUUGAAAAGAUUAGGGAUCAGUUGCUGGAAUGUAACAAGCAGACUUAUUGGGUUCCAGAUUAUGUUAAGGAGAAGCGAUUCCAUAAUUGGCUAGAAGGUGCUAGAGAUUGGGCUGUUAGCAGAAGUAGAUUCUGGGGCACUCCGCUACCACUGUGGAUCAGCCAAGAUGGUGAAGAGAUUGUUGUUAUGGAUUCCAUUGAGAAACUUGAACGGUUAUCUGGUGUCAAGGUUAAUGAUCUUCACCGACAUCAUGUUGAUGAUAUCACGAUUCCCUCUAGCAGAGGGCCAGAGUAUGGGGUGCUCAAACGAGUUGAGGAUGUUUUUGACUGCUGGUUUGAGAGUGGUUCCAUGCCAUAUGCCUACAUUCAUUAUCCAUUUGAGAACCGUGGAUUGUUUGAGAAGAAUUUUCCUGGCAACUUUGUGGCAGAGGGAUUGGACCAAACACGCGGAUGGUUCUAUACUUUGAUGGUCUUAUCAACAGCUUUAUUUGGGAAGCCUGCAUUUAAGAAUCUGAUAUGCAAUGGUCUUGUAUUAGCUGAGGAUGGUAAGAAAAUGAGCAAGAGUAAAAAGAAUUAUCCUUCGCCUGUAGAAGUCAUUGAUGAAUAUGGAGCGGAUGCUUUGAGACUUUAUUUGAUAAAUUCUCCAGUUGUGCGAGCAGAGUCUCUACGAUUCAAAAGAAGUGGUGUUUAUGGUGUUGUCAAAGAUGUCUUCCUACCAUGGUAUAAUGCUUAUAGAUUUCUUGUGCAAAAUGCCAAGAGACUUGAAAUUGAAGGUCUCUCAGCAUUUUCUCCAAUAGAUCAAGCCUCGCUUCUGAAGUCAUCCAAUGUUCUGGAUCACUGGAUAAACUCUGCAACUGAAAGCCUAGUCAGUUUUGUUCACCAGGAGAUGGAUGCAUAUCGGCUUUACACGGUUGUGCCAUAUUUGGUUAAAUAUAUCGACAAUCUUACUAAUAUAUAUGUGCGUUUCAACCGUAAACGGUUAAAAGGACGGACUGGCGAAGAAGACUGCAGGGUGUCUCUUUCGACGCUCUACCACGCACUAGUAACAACUUGUGUGGCGAUGGCUCCAUUUACACCCUUCUUUACUGAAACUCUUUAUCAAAAUCUAAGAAAGGUGUCAUCUAAACCAGAGGAUAGCAUCCAUUUCUGCAGUUUCCCUUCCACAACUGGGGAGAGAGAUGAGCGUGUUGAGCAAAGUGUAAACAGAAUGAUGACUAUCAUUGAUCUUGCCCGCAAUAUUCGUGAACGGCAUAACAAAGCUCUGAAAACACCACUGAAGGAGAUGGUGGUGGUUCAUCCUGACAAUGAAUUUCUUGAAGACAUAACUGGAAAACUAAAAGAGUAUGUCAUGGAAGAAAUGAAUGUUAAGACUGUCACACCAUGUAAUGAUCCCAUGUUGUAUGCUUCUCUGCGGGCAGAACCCAAUUUUAGUGUGCUAGGCAAAAGACUGGGGAAGGACAUGGGCAAAGUGUCAAACGAAGUGAAGAAAAUGACACAGGAACAAAUCUUAGCCUUUGAACAAAGUGGAGAAAUUUCAUUGUUUGGUCAUUGCUUGAAGCUAGAUGAUAUUAAGGUGAUCCGACAAUUUAAGCGUCCUGCAAAUGUGACAGAGAAUGAAAUUGAUGCUGCGGGAGAUGGUGAUGUUUUAGUUGUUUUGGAUCUUCGAGCUGAUCAAUCAUUGUUUGAAGCUGGAGUUGCUCGAGAGGUUGUAAACAGAAUCCAGAAAUUACGGAAGACUGCGCAGCUGGAGCCAACAGACUUAGUUGAUGUAUAUUACAAACCUUUGGACGAUGAGAAGAAUACUUUGGUAGAGAUCUUGCAGUCACAGGAUCAGUAUAUAAGGGAUGCGCUUGGCAAUCCACUAAUUCCAAAGGUUGUGGCGCCACCAGAAGCGGUAAUGAUCUGUGAGGAGUCUCACAAUGUACAUGACAUGUCGUUUGUCAUUUACAUUGCAAGGUGCUCUUCAGUGGUCACACCUGAUCUGCUUGAACAUGCUGCUGGCAACCGUGAGCAUUUUGAUGCAUUAAAAGUAUAUCUAUUGUCAAGGUCCAUUUCCAGAUUGAAGAAUGAAUUCCAGGCUGGAAAUGGCAAGAUUACCGUGGAUUUCAUUGAAGGCUUCUCACCGAUUGAUCUGCAACUGGGAAAACAUGUUUUUCUUAGUGCAGGAGAUUUCUACAUGGCUAGUCGUUCUUGAUUUUUCUUUCAAGCAUCCCAAUUUUGAGUGAUCUGCCUUUUUUUUCUGCUGCUAUCAUUUUACUCGAGCCUGAUUCUAUUGUUGCCCCCAAAACAUUCAUCUGCCGUGAAAGAUGAAAGGGAUAUCAUAUUGAAUGGUCUAACCGAAAACUCGUGCAUGCUGUACUGAAUAGUGAAUACUGAUACACCCGUGUUCAUGUGGCUACACACCAAUUAUUAAGUGUGCCAAUAGCCGGUUAAAGCUUCAAUCAAAUGUUUUACUA